AUGACUGCUCUUUCGUCUCCUUCAUCUAGUCUUCUUCCCCAGCAUCCAGCAACCCUUCAUGUUCUCUUCACUAUCGAACUUCCUUCCUUCGUCACUACACACGCCUAAUAAAUCGCCAAUACCCGCUAUCAGACAGGACGAAGAUGACGAGGACGACGACCCUGGAAACAAGUCCGACGCUAAUGCGGAUGAUCCUGGCUUGUUCAAGAAGAAAAAAGACAAGAACCCCAACGAGACGUUCAUAUUCGUGCGACCGCCGCCCGCUAAGAGCAACCAUCCUCUGAACCUUCAAGUGCAACUCAUUCCUCCGAAUACCCGCGGACCCUCUGGUCUCACGAGCGCGUCACGUCAGUCUCUCGAUCUCGGAGGGUCGGAACCUUCUUCGGUUGCCGAUGCAUCACCCAGGAGCUCCUAUGACGCCGGCACCUCGCUUUCGCGAUCGCCGUCGAACAGAUCCAUUGCAUCCUCGACACUUUCCUCUGCAAGCACUACCUCGCUGUCUUCCACGGCGAGCAGCCGAAGGAUGAUUGUGCCCCUCUAUAAUCUUCAGGCUCACAACGUCAUGACAAAUACGAUCGUCGACGCGGGCACUGACGCCAAGAUCGCACGUUUUAGCAAGCGUGGGAUAGAGAUGCUCGAGCUGGCAAUUAUGGAACCAAUCGAGGUCUACAGUGAUGCUGGUGCGCGGGGGGCAGGCUCUGUCAUUUCUGCUCGUACUGUUGGGCAUAAGCCAAGUUUCAUGAGCAACUCGGGUGGCUUGCUUCCACCAGGCCACUCUGCACACAGAAGCUCAAGCCGACCGAGCACGCCUGAGCUACCUAGCUCUUCCCAAGCAUCACUUGUCUCUAGCAGUGCCCAUUCCCAGGCAUCAUCCGCGAUGCCAGGACCAAUCAGUGACACACCGACGCCCACCGCGCAGAAGCGGCAUAUAUUCGGGAAGCUUUUCAAGCGGAAGGAAGGAUCAGAUAAGGAUGACGGAUCAGCAACCCCCACUCGCCGCUCACGCACAAGAUCUGUGUCGCCCAGUCCGGGUGUUACUGUUUCCAAUACGCCGGUUGCAAUCGCACCUAUCCGGCCUUCGAUCGACUUGGCCUAUGACGACUCGCCUUCCUCCCAACAAAUACAAGCCGCGAGGGCGCCUGUGCUCGGCGUGGUACCGAUCUUGUCUGCUCCCGUCCAUCCACCGAAAGGCAGACCUGGGCUAUAUGUCUGGGUUGUACGGAAAUGGCUCAAAGUCGAAGGAUCAGGGCUGUUAUCCAUGGCCAAAGGGAUGGUCAAAGGCCAAUACGGUCACGAGACCGAUAUCGUGAGCGAGGUCGAGGUCCGUUUUGAAUGGAAACGCGGAAAACCUAAGAAGAGGGUCAACAAGGAGAAGAAUCCAGCGGGCGAAGCAAGUGGGGCAAGACAACAGACCAGCACGUUCAACAAAGACUCGAUCGGGUCCAGCGCCUCGAAGCGGCUCAGUCUGAAUGUCAUAUCGAGGCAAAGUAGCUUCAGCACCACUGCAGCCUCCGAGGACGGACAUGCGGUCCGUGAUAGCAGUGAACGAAGACAGUCCUUGGCGCUCAACCAGGACGAUCGGCCUGAAGAUUCUGGGGACGAGAGUGAUCCGGAAGAUUCAGAGACGCCGUGGACAUGCACUUUGAAAGUCCGCCGAACAGGUCGCAGUCCCUCCAAUGCAAACACCGAGCUUCCGCGAAAGGAGAAAGAGGGAUUGCGCAUCAAGGUGGGGACCCUGUCCCCGACACCGCACCAUCCGAAGGUGGUCGGCAUGCUCAAGGUCCCGUUUCCACUGCCAGACGUAGACGUAGAGUUGUUGGCGGUCCGGAAGCGGGAAGCCGGGCAAGGGUCGUUGAGUGCAGCCUUGAAGCCAGGUCAAGGACUGUUGCUGACCGCCGAGGAAAUCAAGGAUGUGAUCUGCAGCACUGGUCUCUGGCUCGUCGUUCGUGAGAGCUUUGGCGGCGUCGGCAAAGUCAGUCGCAAGGGUGACGGCUGGAGGAUUCGAGGUUGAGGAAACAUGCAUUCCAUUUAAGGGUCACACAUCUGUCGUUGUAUAUCUUCAUCUUGUCAUCACAUGGAAAGCGCGUGCCUACCGGCACCGCCAGGUCCCCCGGAGACGACCUAUACUCCCAAUUAUUGUGAAGAGAACAUCUAUCUACUGUGCAAGAAUUUCCUCGAACGAGAACACGACGUGUCCGCACUCUUCAUCUCGAACACGACUCAAACGGUCAGAAUGGCGACUACCUCCCAAUCUGCUCAUUCUCUCUCCCAGGUCGCGCUGUGGCAUCAGAGACUUCGGCCGGAAUCGAUGGUCGUUUGGGACUAUCAUGUCGUCCUCUGGUUGCGGACGGAGAGCGGCCAGCACUGGAUAUAUGACUUCGACACCGUCCUGCGCUCCCCAUGCCCCAUGCAAGAGUAUUUGAACCAGACCUUCAAUAUGGAUCUCCCGCCCCAGUACCAGAGGCAAGCAAGCAGCCAUGUCUCGUUCCUCCUGUCGUCUCGAACACCUCAUCUCAUUGCCAUCCAGCCUCUUCAGAAUCGUGCCGGGUCUCGAAUUCCUAGAGAAUUUCGCAUCAGACCGCUCUCAUAUGGUAAGCUCAUCCCAUCCCAACACGUCCGCUUUAGCAUCAACUCUCGCAGAUACGAGGGAUGCCCGCAGGUGAUGACCCCAAGCCACAAUACCACGCAUCUCCACCCCCAUACCCUCCCAUCAAGGGUAAGAACGCAAUGGUCGAUAACAAUCUCUUCACCAGUUUCGUGUCGAUGGGAUCUGUAGGCACUUUUGGGGAAGUAGUUGAGCUGCACGAACUGCUCGAGAUGUGCAAGUAGUGGCAAUCGGCCCUGGACAAAUGGGGAACCAUCCAUCAAUGUCCCGGCGUCACGCGUGACUUCAUUUUCAUUCCUUCCACUGUACAUAAACCAAAAGACAUGAAUUCCUUGCCCUCGUCAUCUUCAGCCAACGGCAUACAUACAAACGGUGCAGCAACUCACCCGGAGAAUAGAGCCCAAUCGCCGUCUAGCGCGUACCAAGAUCAACCCGCCGAAUUCAACUCUGGCUUCAUCCUGGAAACCCAUGACGCUGAGAUUCUGAACCAUCUGUAUUCUUCGGGAUUCCAGACUGGGAACUACGCGGACACUAUUCUUCAUGUCGGCCAUCAGGGCCAUGGCACAACCUACCGUCUACACGCAAUAAUCCUAUCUCGCUCGCCGUUGCUCGCCCAUCUCAUGUCGACGUCCCCACAAGGCAGCAAUGGACAACGUGUCAUAUAUGUUCAACUGGAAGGAGAACCAGAAGUGACUCCGGAGGGCUUCGCAAUCGCUCUAGGCUACCUCUACUCAUCUAUGUCAAUGCGAUUGAUCCACGAGAAAAACUGCCGCGCUGUCCUGGCCAGUGCGCGCGCUUUGGGUGGCAUGGACGAACUGGCAUCGUACGCGUAUGACGCCUGCCGACGCUCGAUAUCAGUCGAGUCCAUUGACGACUGGUUGCACUUCAUCAACAACAUACCAGACGGAUCUGCGACCCCCGACUUGACUCACCCGUCCAUCUUCGGUCCUUACGCUGAGAGAUUGAGACACGACGUGCUCAACUUCCUGAUUGUGACAUUACCUCAAAAUCCAGACACAGACCGAGAUGCAUUGCUCCAAGUGCUGUCCCGUGUGCCAUUCGAUCUUUUCAAAAUUGUCAUCGAGUCCCCGACCUUCCAGAUUGGCGCAGAUCAGGUCCGUUUCAAAUUCGCCAAAGACGCCAUUGAGAUUCGAAAACGGGGCAUCGCGCGAGGAGCAGAAGAAACGGUGGUGCUCAGCAACUUUGGUGGCAGUGCAGUGCAUGUGACAAGGAAAAUGCGCAAACGGUCUCUGUGGAAAGUCAAUCCCACCCCAUAGUUGGCUCGGACUGUUGUACAUACUUAUAUUUCGGUUGGGUGAUCAAGUUAUUCACGUGCACGUGAGAAUCACGGUGGCGCAAAGCAUUCUCGAUUGACAGGAAAUGUCAAUUUGACAAAUGACAUGCACUGCAGACUCGGAGUCAAGUUCACGCCUUACAUCUUGUGUUCUGCCCACUUGUCUCGAAAAUCGUCUAUCCGGCAUUAAUCGAAUCUGUGAUAUCUGGCUUCUGCUUCGCAAGAUCAGUGAAGAUGAAGUAUUUCCCAUGUCAUAAGUUCUGGGCCAGGCGUGAACCAUGUAAAGAUCUGACCUCUCUUCCAAGCCAGUCAUUCCCAACGCGCAGGCGUGCGACGCAGACCAGGAUGGCGACGUUCAAUCUCUUCUUCACUGGCCGCGACGACCCUCUCGACUCCAUCCUCAUCGGCGAAGACACAUCCGGCCCUCGCUACUUUUGUUUCGAAUCUCAGGGCGCUAAGACCACGAUAUACUCCAACGACCGUCUGCCUGUUGCUACGAUGCUGUUCGGGCGCGGAAACAACCUGGGGACGGUGAUCUUCGGGGACCAGAGUCAGAUUUCGAUACCGAGCCUGCUAUCGAGGGGGACCACGGCCAGCGCGCGCGCAUUCAUCUUCCCCGAUGGUCGGAAAUACGAAUGGAGGCGAACGAGCGAGCCGGGAGGCUAUGAU